AUGCAGAAACUCUACUCGGCAGAGAACGUUACUGUCUCUCACAGUGACGAGGACGUAAGAGAUAAAUCAUAUCCGUCAAGCAGCUCGACAACACCCGCCGGUCCGGACCAUAUCGCUGACUAUGCGGAUUGUAACCUCGACCCUCUACCGUUACCAGAGCCGAUCACCUUCGACGAAGUACAUCACGCAGCAUCACGAUUAAAAAAAGGGAGAAGCCCUGGAGUGGACGGCAUCAGCAGCGACCUGAUCCGUCAAAGCGAGGUGCUCCAACGGUGGGUAUACGAGUUAUGUUCGAAGUGUUUUGAGGUUGAAAGCCAACCCAGCGAGUGGCUAAGGAGCAAAGUGACGCUCACCAAGAAGGCUGGCAAACCCCCAAAUGAGGUGGGCUCAUAUAGGACAGUCAUGGCACAGGUAUCGGCGGCAAAAGUGUACUCAGCGGUGGUAUUAGAACGCAUAAGUGAGCACCUGGAUUCGCGGCUACAUCACUCACAGUGCGGUUUCCGGAAAUCCCGAUCCACUACAGAAGUCAUCCACGCAACAAACAUUCUACGUGAUGGUUGCCUGGCACACGGAAGGUCACUUUGCCUAUUGGUGGCUGACUGGCAACGAGCUUUUGACAAGCUAGAUCGCCAGUAUAUGAUGAAAUGCCUGCGAGCAGCCGACCUACACCCCAAAUACUUGAGGAUAAUAGACCAGAGCUAUAACGAAGCAGUUGCCUGUCUCACACUUGGCGGCGAAACAUGUGAAGUAAAGCUAUCCUCUGGGGUCAAGCAGGGAGAUGUAUGGAGCCCAAUCAUCUUCGUAACAUCACUAGACGAAGUUCUCCGCCGUAGCAUCAUAUCUGCUGGCCAUGGAUUUCGACUUACUAAGGAAGACUACCACCACCGCCGAUAUACUCGCUUCGCAGCGAGAUCCGCCAUAUUACAGGAACCAAUUGGAUGUAUAUGCUUUGCAGAUGACGUCACAGCUCCAUCAGAAAGUAUCGAAGACAGCGAAAAAGUCCUCAGGGCUCUUGAGAUUGAAGGUCAGCCUGCCAACCUUACACUUGGUAUUGGGAGCACCGGCUGUAAAACUAAGAGGCUCCUCAUUAACUGCAAGCAACCGACAUCCCAUGGACGAGUCGAUGUGGUUAAGAAGUUCCGGCAGCUGGGAGUCUUGAUAACAGAUGCGCCCGGAUACGGAGGAGCGGUAAAAGACAGAAUUCGUACUGCAGGUGCGGCCCUGCACAAACUCCGGGACAUAUGGAAGUCCCAUGAUAUCGGACUGGAUGGAAAGAUGAUAAUCAUGAGAUCUGUGGUAUUUGCUUCACUAUUCUAUGGUUCGGAAGCACUAGCGAUCAAUAAGGAAGAGGAACAGAUGUACAGAACGUUUUACCAUAUAUGUCUGAGGCGAGUAUUGGGCGUGGCUCCAAUGACCAGGCUAUCAUCACGCAGCUCCAGAAGAGCCGGCAGGCCCCGACAGACAUGGAUCGAACUGGUGAAACAAGAUAUGAACGAUUCUAAGAGCACAUACUUGCGUUUGAACUUGUUUACGCAACUCGAGUUCGCCAAUGGAAAUGUGAAGGUGCGAGAGCCAUGCAUAUGA